AUGCCACACUUCAACGCGAACGCCCUCCACCCGCCCGUGCCAUUCGGACAUGGAGGCGGGUUGCUGCCGAUCAAUGGUGAUCAAGUUGAUGCCAACUGCCGGAGCGCUCUCAACGCUGCCUGUGGCCGGACGCCAGCGUGGCCCGACAACAACGCGCGGCCGGAGCUGCGCACGCUGCAAGGCCGCAUGCUGCGGCAUCUCCAGCUCUGGGUUCUCUACGGACUCUGGGUCGUCGGAAUGGGCUUCUUCGUCUGCAUGUGGGUCUUCUCGCUCUUCUGCAUCGCUCGCUGGGUCUGGACUGCCGCGUUGAAUGCCGACGCUACGCCGCUGCCGCCCGCUGUCAAGCUCUUCCUAAGCGCCGCCGCGGUGCACGAGAGCUACUACUACUUGACGCGCUCGUCGCUCUCGCUCCACCAGUGGCCGUUCAUGCGGCGCGUGAUGCGCUACCUCUUCCUGCACUACCCGUACUUCCGCCUCAACGUCACAGUAUUCGAGGAGCGUGAGGAGAAGAAGCUGCGCGAGGCCGGACGCACUACCGGAGAGGGGGUUGUGGACACCAAUGCGGCGGCCAGCAAGGCUAUCGAAGAGAACGAUGCAUCGCCCUGUGUCGAGCCCAACGACCGCUCUCUGUUUGCUUUCCACCCUCACGGCGUGCUGUCCAACGGGUUUGCCAUCAACGGCGCGCACCACAUGACGUUUGAGCGCGCUGAAUGCCGGUGGCUUGUGGCGGAGAACGUUUUCUGGUUCCCCAUGCUGCGUGAGGUUCUGAACUGGAUGGACUUCAGCAGCGUCGCGAAAGCCACAUUCCAGCGGUUCAUGGCUACGGGCCAAAAUGUGAGCUUGAUCCCUGGCGGCUUUGAGGAGGCCACGCUGUACCGAAGAGGAAAGCACCGCGUGUACAUCAAGAAGCGCUUCGGCUUCAUCAAGAUGGCGCUGCAGUACGGAUACAAGGUGCACCCGGUCUACACUUUCGGCGAGGAAUACGCUUACCACGCGUUUCCGAGUCUGCUGCAGCUUCGGUUGAAGCUGAACGAGUACAAACUGCCUGGCGUCGUGUUCUUCGGUCGGCUCAACUGCUGCUAUCUGCCGCGGAACGAUGUCGACCUCAUUACAGUUGUGGGCAAACCUUUGGUGCUGCCGCGAAUCGAGCACCCUACCCGAGAAGAGGUUAAGAAGUGUCACGACCAGUACGUUGAGGCGCUGCUAGGGCUUUUCGACCGCUACAAGGGCGUGUACGUGGUCGACCCAAAUGCUACGCUGGAAAUCUACCAACUAACGAAGAGAUAA